AUGCCAUUAGACAUAGGUUUUCAAAUUGGGUGCACCAGCGAAUCGUGUGGUAAAGCUGACGUCAAACAGUACCAGUCAGCAAUCGGUGCAUUAAUGUAUUUAGCCAUUUGUACGAGACCGGAUAUUUUACAUUCAGUCGCUAAAUUGGCUCAAAGAAAUCAUAAUCCUCACAAAGAGCAUGAAUCAGGUAUUAAGCAUAUUUUACGAUACCUAUCAAUGACUGAAGAUUAUAAAUUGGUAUAUCGUCGUACGGGCAAACAAAUAGAAGGGUUUGCAGAUGCCGAUUGGGGCAGCAACAGUCUCGACCGUAAAUCAUACACUGGGUAUGUAUUUUUCUUGGGCGGUAGUGCAGUUUCAUGGGAAAGUAAGCGACAAAGCAGCGUUGCCCUCAGUAGCACAGAGGCUGAAUAUAUAGCACUAUCAUCAGCUGCGAAAGAAGCGGUAUAUCUACGACGCCUAAUAGCAGAGAUUGGUGUUUUGAACAACAAUAAUGUAAGCGAUCUACUCGUGUUGAGGAAGAGUGAUGAAAAAGUACUCGAUUACUAUAUAUUACAACCCGAAUAG